AUGCGCUGGUGGUGCUGGAAGAGGCUGCUCUGCGCCAGCCUCCUCCUCUUGCUCCUCCUCUGGUGCCUGCUGCUCCUCGCCAGGGACGUGCAGAAGAAGUGGCCAGUGGCUGGACGCUUCCGCCUGGCACCGCGGGGGCAGCUGCUGGCGUGGCCCGGUCUCGGAGCUGUGCAGGGUGUCGACUUCGCCUCGCUGUUUGCAGGAUCCCACGCCAGCCCACGCUGCGACUGGGGGCAAGUGCUGCUCAUCCUGGUGACAUCCGCACCGGGCAACGUGGAGGCCCGGCACGUCAUCAGGAGGACCUGGGCUGCCCAGGAGGGACAGCCCCCCAACCGGUGGCAGACGGUGUUCCUGGUGGGGCAGGCGGCUGAGGCAGAGGUGGCCCGGGGUGUCCAGAGGGAACAGCAGGAGUUUGGGGACAUCCUGGUGGGGAACUACAAGGACACGUACCGCAACCUCACCCUGAAGGUCAUGCACGGUUUGAAGUGGGCGUCCAAAAAGUGCCGGCCCCGCUACAUCCUCAAGACGGACGACGACUGCUUCGUGAACACGGAUCGCCUGCCCGCCUUCCUGGCUGAGGUCAACACGGUGAGGACCGGCCUCUACGUGGGCUCCCUGUUCUCCCAGGAGAAGCGGCAGGUCAUCCGCGAGCCCUCCAGCAAGUGGUAUGUGUCGCGGCAGGACUACCACCCGGAUGAGUACCCGCCCUACGCCAGCGGCAUCGGCUACGUCCUCUCCCUGGACGUGGCUGAGAAGAUCCUGGAGGCGGCGCGGCGUGUCCGCCCCAUCCCCGUUGAAGACGCCUACGUGGGCAUCUUGGCGGAGGAGGCAGGAGUGCGGGCGAAAGCCAGCGCCCGCUUUGCCAAGCACAAUGUGCGGUGGCGCGUCUGCAACUACCGGUACCUGAUGGUGAUCCACCACCUGAGCCCGCGGGAGCAGGAGGCGGCCUGGAGGAGCAUGCUGCAGGCCCACAGCGCCUGCCGCGACAGCCUCGAGGUCAGCCGGUGGAAGUGA